AUGCGGUCGAGGCAGCUGGAGGAAGCCCGAGGGGAUGCAGGUUCUUCAGUGUCCCGGACUGCGAGAAUGGGCUUGAGCAGGGUGAUCCUUGGCAAUGGGCGCUGGCUGAUCUUCAUCAUCUUCAUCACUUCUGUGUGUCCUGGGAAUGCAUGGCCCUAUGAUUACUGGCACUCGUACAGUCACUGCCCGGGGCCCGAGUGGAACGUCAUGUGUCGCGGCUGCUGUGAGUACGACGUGAUCCGCUGCAAGUGCCCUCUGCAGGGGACUCCGGUGGGGUACGCCGUGCCCUGCUGCCGCAACGCCGCCAACGAGUGCGACCCCUGCAUCAUUCACCCAGGUUGCAGUAUAUUUGAGAACUGUAAGCGCUGUAACAACGGGACGUGGGGAUCCAGAGAUGACUUUUUCAUCAGCGGCAGAUAUUGUGCCGAGUGCCGUCCGGGCUGGUCUGGGGGAGACUGCAUGAAGUGUGGGGGAGUGAUCCGGAAAAAACAAGGCCAUUUGGUGCUGGAGAGUUACCCCAACAAUGCCCGCUGUGAGUGGACCAUCCAGGUGGACCAGCCCUUCACCAUAGAACUCAGGUUCAUGAUGGUCAGUUUGGAGUUCCAUCAUUCCUGUCAUUACGACUACAUCGAGGUCCGAGAUGGAAACAGCGUCCGCUCUCGUGUGAUUGGUCGAUUCUGUGGAAACAGCAGGCCGCCGCCCAUCCACAGCACCGGGAACAGUUUGCAUGUUCUCUUCGUGUCGGACGGAUAUAAGAACUUUGACGGCUUCUUUGCCACGUUUCAGGAGACUUCAGCGUGCAGCUCGUCGCCCUGUCUGCAUGAUGGGACUUGUAUCCUGGACACUUCUUACUCUUACCACUGUGCCUGUCUGGCCGGAUACACAGGCAAAAGAUGUGAGAACGUGGUCGGCUGCCGCAGGCCCCCGGUGCCCGUGCAUGGCUCUACGGAGGGUCUGUUUCACCACUCGGGAGCUCGCAUCACAUUCCGCUGCGACUUGGGCUUUGAACUGCAGGGGGUCCGUUCUGCCAUCUGCCUGAGCGACGGCAGUUGGAGUGCCCCUGCCCCGAACUGUGUGCCAGUGGAAAGGAUGUGUUCGCUGCCCCCAAAGCCAGCACACGGAGACCACUUUCUGGUUUAUGGACCCAAUGAUGUGUUGGUUGCGCUGCAGUACUUGUGUCAUCAGCCUUAUGAGAUCAGCGGGGGGUCGCAGAGAACAUGUCUGGCCAACAACACCUGGAGUGGGACGUCUCCUGUCUGCACCACAGUGAAUAACACACUCUCAAAAGAAGCCGAAAGAGAAAAAGAAGACUUCAGUAAUGAGUCUGAAAGGGGGAAAGAGGCUGAAAUAUUCACCGACCAAGAUAUCCCAGAAGUUACGGAGAAAGGUCAAGAAAACAGAAGCAAAGACAAAUCUGGUGGUGAGAGAAAAGACGGCGCAACCUCAAACAAGAACUCGACAGCGGUGAACAAGGAAGACAAAUACUCUGGGAAAAGUGAGUCUGGCUUCGACCAAACACACAGCAGCCCACAGCCCACUGGAAGCACCAAAACAGAAAUCGUUGUGAUAAAGGACAAAGGCCAGGAAGAGAACGAACGCAAAGAGGAGCAGAUCAACGGAAAGAAAGACAGAGACAAAGUUGGACCCAAUGACACUAAAAUGACGACUGUUUUAUCAGAGGCAGAGAUUUUUGACCUGGGGAUUCUCAACGUUACUAUGGCACGUGAUGUAAAAGACACCAAAGUACAAAACAAUACUAUCAGUGCAGAUCCGGUAAGGAAAGUCUUCCCCACGCGAGUCAACGUCACACAGUUCACCCUGUAUCGGAGUACAGGAGCAGAGGGAAGCGGGAAACCAAAGGAAAAUAAAAUAGACAAACAAGAGAAGACUUCUGAGGAGAGAACGGCAGAGGAGAAGGAGAAGGAGAGAGACAGAGAGGCCAACCAAAGCAUCAACGACAAAAGCUGCCCUCCUCUUCCUCGGCUUUAUAAUGGUUACCAGCAGGUGGCACCAGGAGCACAGCCCAUUAAAGUGGAGUUCAGGUGUAAUCACUCAUACGCUCUGAGUGGAGACACCCACAGGACCUGUCAGGCAGAUGGGACCUGGACUGGAACACAGCCGUUUUGUGUUAGAGCAUGUCGCGAGCCCAAAGUAUCAGAACUGGUCAAGCAGCGAAUUCUGCCUCCUCAGACACCGUUUAGAAAGACUCCAGUGCAUAAGCUGUUAAGCAGACAGCUGCGCUCUGAGGGCCCUCUGCUCUCCCAGCUGCCCCCGGGCUUCCACCACCUCUACACCCACAUUGAGUACGAGUGCACGUCUCCGUUCUACCAUCACGCAGGCAGCUCCAGGCGCACUUGUCUCAAAACGGGGAAAUGGAGUGGCCGUCAUGUCUCCUGUUCGCCAGUUUGUGGGAAGCAUCCAGCCUUCGACCCGGAGAGGCCAGGAGAGGCUCACUGGCCCUGGCUCGCUGCCAUCUACCGCCGGUCCAGCGUCGGAACUGACAGCCUAGUGUCCAAGGCAGAUGGCCAGGCCGGGACCCCCAACAAGCAUGGAGGAAGCAGUGGCGGCGGUGGAGGCGGGGGCGGCGACCGGGUUUCUCAGUGGCAACUUGUGUGCAGCGGCGCUCUGGUCAACCAGCGGUCUGUGGUGGCGGCCGCGCACUGUGUGACCGAGCUGGGCAAAGGCAUCCCUCUGCAUCCGGACUCAGUCAAAGUGGUGGUGGGGAUGCACUAUCGCCAUGACAACAGGGAGAGUAAGGCUUUGCAGCACCUCAGGGUCGCCUCCAUAGCUGUCCACCCAGACUACGACCCUCUCAUUCUGGACUCGGACUUGGCUGUGAUCAAGCUGCUGGACAAAGCCCGGAUCGGAGAGAAUGUUGUGCCCCUGUGCCUCUCCGACAGACCGGACUUUGAGGUGGAAGCGGGACAGGGGCUGGUCACUGGCUGGUCUCCCAUUCCCGACCCCUCGCUCGGCCGUGAGGAGAAGGCCCGGGUGGGACUAGUUUACCUCACUGAUGUGGUCCCGUGUGAGAAUCAGUAUGCUCGAAACGGUGUGCCGGUCAGCGUCACAGAGAACAUGUUGUGUGGAAGCCAGAAGCCUGAUUACGGGGCCUCUAGUAUGUGCCCUUCAGACACUGGGGGGAUCCUGGUUCUCCCUGGACUUCCACAGUUUCAGUCAGACUACAAACAAUCCCGAGGGGAGAGUAGUGAACCCUGGAGACUGGUUGGAUUGGUGAGUUUCGGCUACGAUCAGGGCGAGUGUGACCCUGACCUCUACACGGUCUACACUCGAGUGGACAGCUUCACAGACUGGAUUCAGAUGCACAUGAAAUAG